AUGUGGGCGACUAAAAAUCUUGGAGUUUCACCGCCAAGAUUAGUACCAGAAACACCCCAAAAUUCUUCUUUUUCAUACGAACAUUCCGACAUUGAAGAAGAAGUGAUGGUAUAUUUGUCUGCAUCUCCAAGUGAAGUCACCGGACAGUAUCUUAGCAAAUCAUCGGAAAUAAAGGACGAGGUCACUCAAACAGAUCUCGAUUACUCAACUGGAUAUCCGAAUGUGCAAAAACCAUCUGGCUCUGAAGAGGAAAUCGUUAUAGUUAAGAUCGAGGAACCAGCGAGUAUAUUUACUUCCUCUAGUACAGAAGAUCAUGAAACUCUGCAAUCAACAGUAGAAAUUGUUGUUAAUAACAAUCCUGCGCCAAGACGACGAGGAACACAACUAGAAUCAUAUAAACCUCCAGCAGAUAUUCAGGUAGAAGCGCGGAUAUCUGGAAAAGGUGCUGCAGUGCGAAGAUCGUGUCAAAACAAACCACAAAUGGACCAAAAGAUUGGUUCAUCAACUUCAACAUCUAUGAAUACAAAGAAAUAUUCAUCACCGGCGUCUGUAAGGUCUGAAGAUAAAUCUGAUACUGAUCAACGAAGUUAUUACAAUAAAAUGGAACAACAAAGGAGACACGCUAUGAAGAUUGAAUAUAGAAAUUUACAAUGUUUAAUACCAAAUCUUCAAAAUAAAGUGAACGCAUCAGUAAUUUCAAUUUUACGUGAAGGAAUUCAAUAUUGCAAAAGAGAUUUGUAA